AAAGAAUAACUUUUUGCCUUCUCCAUAAUUUUUCCAGGGCAAGCUCUUCCCAAAGUUAUGGCAGUUCUUAACAACAAUAAUGCCAGCAGCUUCAUCUUCAUACUGAUGGAACUCCCAGGACUGGAGACCUCUCAUUGCUGGACAGCUAUUCCUAUCUGCUCUAUCUAUGUUGUGUCUUUGCUGGGCAACAUCACCAUAAUGUACAUUGUCAAGCCUGUCCCUAGCCUCCACACACCUAGGUACCUCUUCCUGUCCAUGCUUUCAAUGGCAGACCUGGGCCUCUCAGCUUCUACACUGCCUUCAAUGACAGCUGUCUUUCUCCUGGGCCAGAGAGAGGUGGGAGAUGCAACCUUUACACAACUCUUCUUCAUCCAUACUUUCUCAGUUAUUGAAUCAUCUGUGCUCUUGGCCAUGGCUUUUGACCACCAUGUGGCUAUUCGAGAGCUUUUAUGCUAUGCCACCAUUCUCACAACCAAGCGCAUUGGGGCCAUUGGGCUGGCCAUUGUGAUAUGUAGUGCUGCCCUCCAUCUGCCCCUGUUCUUGAUCCUUGGAAGACGGCAAUUUCAGCCUAUGAAUGCUCUGUCUCAUUCAUAUUGUGUUCAUCCUGAUGUUUUAAGGCUAGCCAGUUCUAGCACUCUUGUGGACAGUGACUUUGGGCUCUUUGUCAUGCUCUCCACACUGGCUUUGGAUGCUGUACUCAUUCUCCUCUCCUACAUGCUAAUCUUGAGGACAGUAUUGAGCAUUUCUUCUAACACUGAGGGGCUCAAAGCCUUUAACACCUGCAUUUCCCACAGCUGUGCUGUAUUACUAUUUUAUACCCCACUGGUCAGCCUGUCGAUGAUCCAUCACUUUGGGAAAAAGAAGCUACCAGCUCAGGUAUAUACAUGUUUCUCUCCUAUCUACACUUUCUUGUUCCUCUAA